AUGCCAGUCUUUGAAGAAGUCAAGAACCAACUCAAUGAACUGAGCCCAAUCGCUAGCAACUGCUCGGGUCCUGAGCUUGAUGAAGAGGCAGAGGAGAGGUGUCGAUUCGUGAUUACUGAUCCAAGUUCUGAAAGUUGCAAUGACCGCGUCAUGUUCGGCGCCUGCAGCAUUGAGGCAAUCGGUGAUCAAUGCGGCGAAGAGAAAGCAAAAAGCGGCCUCGCCAAAAUCUCUCUGAUUACGUUGGGUCCCCAAAUUGACACGAUCUCGCAACCUUGCCGCAAAGAAACCAUCGAAAUGCUCAAAUACCUAAUUGAGCAUUAUGAGAGAAUUGAAAUUUCUAACGUUGAA